AGCAAAGAGGGUGAGGCCAGAUAAUUAAACGCAUUUGGCUCUUUGCACGCAACCUGUCAUCUAGCGCCUACACGUGGCGAAUGUUUUUACUGCUUAUUUGGCUUCAUCAUUGAAGACGCGCGGCUGUUUGUUUUUCGAAGAUUCAUCAUGGCAAUGAAUGCAAAAGCGACACCACCACAGAUUCCCGACACACGUCGGGAACUCUCGGAGCUGGUCAAGAGGAAACAAGAACUUGCGGAGACGUUGGUGAACUUGGAGCGACAGAUCUAUGCAUUUGAGGGCAGCUACUUGGAAGAUACCCAGAUGUAUGGGAACAUCAUCAGAGGAUGGGACAGAUAUCUCACCAACCAAAAAAAUUCCAACAGCAAGACGGACAGAAGAAACCGAAAGUUCAAGGAGGCAGAGCGUCUGUUCAGCAAGUCCUCCGUCACUUCUGUAGCAGCUGUUUGUGCACUCGGUGGGAUACCAGAUCACAUGAAUGAAAAGCAGAGCGACACGUCCCCAGACCUCCAGAACCAGGAGAAUGAGCCCAGUCAGGAGGACACAGAGGAUGCAGAUGGGGCCCUGCAGGACCUCAAACCUCAGAAGGCUGCAUCCUCUUCCUCAGGCAGUCACCACGGAAGCCACAAGAAGAGGAAGAACAAAAACAGACACAGCCCUUCUGCCAUGUUUGAUUAUGACUUUGAAUUUGACAUGAAAGUGAACAAAAAACCCAGAGUGGAUUAUUCGACUUGAUCAAGUGGCCAGACAAAGGUCUAUGGUGGAGCAGAGAGCCCCUCUGAACUUUAACUGUCUUUAUUGUGUACAUUGCAUGAAACAUUGCCUCUCACUUGCUAUCAGAAAUAUUUCCGUUUCACGAUUUUCCUGCAGACAAGGUGUGUUAUUGCAUGUUACUCAAGACGCAGGUGGGGGUUGGAUAACACCUUAUUGUAUAGGGUUGAAAAUGCACUAUUUAUUAUGUAACUCCCACCAUUUUUCUCUCUUUGUAACAAAAAAGUUGUUUUACUUCGUAUUAGUCACUGUGUAGUUUUGUAGCUCUAGAAUAUCCCAGCUUCUUUUUAAUGUUUUAUUUUAUUUUGAGAUUUGUUUUGCAUAAGAUUGUAAUAAAACCUUGAAAUUACAA